CAAUCGAAUCCUUCCUUGUGGAAGAACACUGAGCAUACCGGCUUGUCAACAUGGCUGCUGUUCAUCGUGAGGUGCCCUUUAUGAUAUCUAAAGUUUGGUUAAUUAUGCUCAUAAUUAUUUCAUUCACAAACCUAUCGUUAAGCGCAAAGAAAAAAGAGCAAUCCCUUGGAGAUCGAGUGAAGCAGCUUACAGAAUGGAGUUACAAAAGGCCUGUAAUCAAUAUGAAUGGAGAGAAAUAUAGGCAGUAUAUCAAGGCCUCUCCCAGGAAUUACUCUGUUAUUCUCAUGUUGACUGCCAUGGAUUCCCGUAGGAAAUGUUCUGUUUGCAAGCAAGUUAAUGAAGAAUUUCAGAUCCUUGCAAAUUCCUGGCGAUUUUCUGGUUCUUAUUCAAAUAGAAUUUUCUUUGUCAGCGUAGAUUAUGACAGUGGCCAGGAUGUUUUCUCUGCAUUAAAAGCCACAUCAGCUCCAAGCAUCAUACAUUUCCCUGUCAAAGGAAAACCAAAGAAAGCCGACACAUUCGAUAUGCAACGGCUUGGGUUCCAGGCAGAACAAAUAGCAAAAUGGGUUGCAGAGCGUACUGAUGUAACGAUUAGGAUCUUUAGGCCCCCAAACCAUGCCGGUAUCCUGUUGCUUGGCCUUGCUCUCACAACUAUUGCAGGCUUGCUGUACUUCAGAAGAAACAAUCUGGAGUUUCUUUACAAUAAAAACAUGUGGGCAAUUCUUGCUUUGGUGGUAGUGUUCUCAAUGAUGUCUGGACAGAUGUGGAAUCACAUACGGGGUCCUCCAUUUGCUCACAGAAACCCGCAGUCAGGACAAGUAAACUACAUCCAUGGAAGUAGCCAAGGCCAGUUCCAGGCAGAAACUUACAUAAUCUUUGUUUUAUGUAUCCUUAACAAGAGAAUUAUUAACAUUUAUAUGAAAUGUAAAUGCAAGAACUAAUGUGUAUUAAGUUGC